AUGUCGAUGUUGUCGAUUAAGCCAGUGGUGAUCAUGGGUGCUACUGGUACAGGCAAAACCAAGCUAUCAAUUGAUGUAUCCAAGGUGAUCAGCGGUGAAGUGGUAAACGCCGACAAGAUGCAGAUCUAUUCUGGCCUUGACAUCACCACCAACAAGCUCUGCCUAAAUGAUCGACAUGGUAUUCCCCAUCACCUCAUCGGGGCCAUUUCGGCAAUUACCGAUGAUGUUUCUAUAUCUCUCUUCCGAUCUGCUGCGACCAAAAUUACUGAGUCUAUUGUUAGGCGGGGUCACACACCAGUUCUGGUAGGUGGAUCGAACUCACUAAUCCAUGGAUUCCUUGUUGACAAGCUUGAUGCCUCCCUCAUUGACCCUUUUGUAGUAGAGAGUUACCGACCAACUUUAAGGUUUGAAAGCUGCCUUCUAUGGAUCCAGUGUGAUGAGUUAGUCCUCAAGAAAUACCUCAGUCGUCGGGUUGAUGAUAUGGUUGAUGCUGGUUUGGUCAAGGAACUGAAAGAAUAUUUUGAUUCUGUAUCAAUUCAUGAGUCUGUUGGUUACAGCGGCCUGGCUAGGGCAAUCGGUGUGCCCGAACUAAGAGAGUAUUUUGCGGGACGCAAGAGCCUCUGUGAUUCUAUAAAAGAGAUGAAAUCCAAUACACAAGCUCUCGCAGAAGCGCAGAUCGCAAAGAUUAGACAUAUUGUGGAUAUUUGGGGUUGGCCUGUCUAUUCUCUCGAUGCCACUGAAACCAUAUGCUCGCAUAUCACUGGAUCAAACCAUACUGCCACGACCAUAGCAUGGGAACGCGAUGUGCGCCGCCCUGCACUAACUAUUAUAAAUGAGUUCUUGGGUAGGUGA